AUGAUUCUUACGUUGCAACGACUCGGCCUCCUCGCUGCUCUUCUCGGGCUCUACCUCUCGUCUUUCGGUAACGUCGAUGCCGUCGACAUACCGUCUGACGCUCCGCUUUCUUCUUUAAUCGCGUCAGGGAAAGCUGCACGUGCCCGAGGAGCCAACAGUGAGGCUCUCGCAUACUUCGAUGCCGCCGUCUCCAAGGACUCGACCGAUUACCUCACACUUUACCAACGAGGAAUCACCUAUUUGUCCUUAGGAAGGAACGCGCAGGCAGGUGCUGAUUUCGAUAAUGUGUUAAAAAUAAAACCUGGGUUUGAAGGGGCGUUGUUGCAGAGGGCGAAGAUCAGGGCGAAGAAUGCAGACUGGGCUGCGGCACGGGAAGAUUAUGUGGCGUUGGGAAACCGAGGAGCGGCAGACCUGGCCCAACUCGAAGAGGCAGAGGGUGCAGCAUAUCUCGCAGUCGAAGCGGAGAAGAAGCAAGAUUGGGAAACGUGUAUCAACCAGGCAGGUAUUGCCAUCAUGACAGCAGGUACGGCCUUGUCAUUGCGCCAAUUACGGGCUCGAUGUCGAUUUGAGCGUGGUGAGGUACAAGAGGGCAUCAGCGAUCUCCAACAUGUCCUCCAAAUCCAUCCAGGUCUAGUGGAACCACACCUACAAAUUUCGGCCAUGUUAUUCUACAGUCUGGGGGAUACAAAGCUGGGCAUGGACCAGAUCAAGAAAUGUUUGCAUUCGGAUCCGGACUCGAAGCCCUGCAAGUCUCUCUUCCGGGAGGAGAAGAGUAUUUUGAAGCAAGUCGACCAGGUUCAGGCUCUUUUCGACAAACGACAAUUCAACUCUGGGAGCAAGGUGCUGGUGGGGAAGGGCACCGACGACGAGCCUGGACUCCUCGCGCAACUCAAGUCUCACAUCGAGUCUCACCGUGCACAGGGAAUUAUCCAUGCAAAAGCGCCCUCGGAUCUCUACACCAACAUGCUGGAGAAGACCUGCGAAGCAUUCAUGUCGCUGAACAACAUGAACAAGGCCGGCAAGUACUGCUCCGAAGUGCUGACUCUGAGACCCAACUCUCUUCAUGGGCUGUUGUACCAAGCGCAGAAACACAUGGACGCCGAAAAUUUCGACGCCGCAAUUUCGACCCUCAACACGGCACGGGACAACCACCCAGACGCUCAAGGGACGAUCAAUUCCAAAUUGCACGAAGCGCAAGUUGCUCUGAAGCGUAGUAAAACCAAGGACUAUUACAAGGUCUUGGGCGUGUCUCGCGACGCUGACGAAGCCACCAUAAAGAAGGCCUACCGCACCGCGACCAAGUUGUACCACCCGGACAAGGCCGCUGCGAGAGGGAUAUCCAAAGAGGAAGCGGAGAAGAAAAUGACAUCGAUCAAUGAGGCCUACGAAGUCCUCAGUGACCCCGAAUUGAAGGCUAAAUUCGACAAUGGAGACGACCCCAAUGAUCCCAUGGCCAACCAGGGAGGCAACCCUUUUCAAGGCAGCCCAUUCGGUGCAGGAGGCCAGCAGUUUUUCUUCCAACAAGGAUCCCCUGGCGGCGGCGGCGGUGGACAGAGGCAGUUCAAAUUCUCGACCGGUGGCGGAGGUUUUCCUGGAGGAAAUCCUUUUGCAGGCUUUCCAGGUUUCGGGUAG